AUGCAUUUACCACCUAAAGAUUCACAAACAUUCAAAAAAAUUAACACACUCUGUCGCACCAUAUUCUCCAACAAUCAUUGUAUUUACGCAUGGGGCGACAUAAAACAAGAACUUGCCAAAUUUUAUAAAUAUAAUUUAUUUAAUAAAAAUGAUAUUGAUCAAAUUAAACCAAAAAAUAUACAAGACGAGUUCAAAGAGUGGUUUCAUGAAAAUUAUCCAUCAUCACCCUACGUACAAAUUAAAGCCAAUGAAACUUAUUCAUUACAAAUGGCUAUUUAUUUAACAUUUAAUCAAUGGUUGGACAAGAGGAUGACUCUUGCCAAUUGGGGAUGUGGAAUUGAUUUAACAUUACAUACAAUUUCAAUUCCAAGACAAUUUAUUAAUAUAAAAAAAAUAAUUAUUGAAGAUGAACAAGAAUAUCGAAGAUUAAUGACAAUCUAUGCUUUGAAUGAUUGUCUAGCUGUAACACAACUUGCACAACAAACAAACUCAAAAAAAAUCAUCAACAAUCACAGCUAA